CUGUUUCUGCUCUGCUGUCCGCUUAGGGAGAGUGGCAGAGUCACGGAACUCGGUCGCUUGUGAUUUUCCCACCCGAGUCCCAGAAGUCCGAGUAGAGUUGGAAAGGAGCCGAUCGCAACGUGCCGCGGCUAUAACAGUAGACACGCGAAAUAUUAUUUUCUGACAGAUUUUUUUUCUUUUUGGAUUUUCCCCCCUGGCCGUUUUCUUUUUUUUUCUUUCUUCGUUUUCUACUCGUUGUUUUCGCGGAUUAAGCUCGUGCCGGUGGCAAAUCGCGUGUCCUCCCCCUGAGGAUAAUCCGGCCCUUUUUCGAAUUGGAUCGAAUUUAAUUUUGCCCGGUUAGCUUUUAUGUGUUUGGGCCCGAUACGCCGGCGGUAACGUCAUUUCUCGAAUCGCACGGUUAGAGGCGGAGCCAUGGCCAGUCCUACGGGACGUGUUGUUGUGCCCCGCAACUUCAGACUUUUAGAAGAAUUGGAGCAAGGCCAACGAGGUGUGGGUGAUGGGACUAUUUCCUGGGGCUUAGAGAACGACGAUGACAUGACACUAACUCAUUGGACAGGAAUGAUCAUAGGACCCCCAAGAACUCCGUAUGAAAAUCGAAUGUAUAGCCUACGGAUAGAAUGCGGACAAAAAUAUCCAGAAGAAUCGCCAUCGGCUCGUUUCCUUUCUCGAAUUAAUAUGACUUGCGUUAAUAGUACAACUGGGCAGGUUGACCAGAAAGCAGUUCCACUAUUAGCGAGAUGGCAGAGAGAUUGUACUAUUAAAUCUCUUCUGCAAGAGCUACGUCGACUCAUGACAAUUAAAGAUAACAUGAAGCUCACGCAACCGCCUGAAGGAAGUACGUUCUAACGGCCCAUUAUUUUCUUUUCCAAAUUACUUUAUAUUUUCUAAUUUUUAUUUUAUCCUCGUAUUUAAACCAAGAAUGUUAAAACUUAUUGGUAUGAUUUAUAAAUUUAGGGUUAAAACAAAAGAAACAGUGAUUGCGUUCAGUUUUCAUUUUACAACAUCCCCUUGCCCUCCCCCAACCAAGUUUUUCUUUGUACAUAUAUUUCAACCAGUUUUAAAACGAUGGGAAACUUAAUUAGAUAGCAAACAAAAUUAUUAACUUGUACAGCCUUUUAAAAUAGCACUUUUCAAAGCUUUUGCUAAAUGAAAUUUUUCCAGUAAAUUGGAAUUUUUAAAAUUAAGAAAUUUCCUAAAAUUCUAAUUGGCCAUCAAGUGUGACACGGUCUGUUUAUUUUUACGCCUUUUAUUAAUUUUUGUGUAUAAUUAUUACAAAAAAAAAUGUAAUUACACGUUUAACUGAAA